AUGCGUCUCCAUGCUGCCCUCGCCCUCGCAGCAUGCCUCGCUCCCGCCGCGGCUGUCUUCGAGGACGAAGCCCAUCACAUUGACUUCCACUACGCCCUGCUAGGCCUCCCCAAGCAUGAUGCCACCUUCUUCCAAAAGCCCUACCCUGGCUCAAAGGCCUCGCUGCUCUAUUCGCUAUCCGACAAUAACACCGUCGCCGCAAUCAAUCCAAAGGAUGGUGCUCUAGUAUGGCGCCAUUCCCUCCCCGCAGCUGCGGACGACGUCGCCCAUCUGCGUGCCGGCAACGAGCAAGACACCGUCAUCAGCGCCCUCGGCCAGCGCGUCGUCGCAUGGAGUGCUUCUGAUGGCCGCCUCGUCUGGGAGACUAGCACCCCUUCCGCCCGCGUUGAGGAUCUGGAGAUACUCGAGCAGGAGGAUGGCAUGUCGAUUGAUGCAGCAAAAGACACUCUGGUCCUGCUGGCCACCGACGCCGGUCUCAGUGUCAAGAGGCUUGAUGGAAAGACUGGGCAGCCCAAGUGGACCCACGAGGAUACAAGCGGAGACACACCAUUCCAGCUCUCGACUUCGCCAACCACAAUCUACUACAUUGCCCUCCACACCCCUGUGCUCGGUGCCUCCAAGCUGCGAAUCACCUCGCUGAGCCCCAUAACAGGAAAGAAGCUCGAUCAGUACACACUCAACUCCGACGCCGAAAUAUCCUCGCGUGACCGUAUCCUGUUUGCAGGAGCCAACACCGCUGCCCCGCUGCUGGUGUGGACCGACAAGGCGAACAAGGUGCUAAAGGUGAACAUCAUCGGCACAAAGGCCGUAUCCAGCUUCCCGACCCCAGAAAAUGUCGCCGUAGAGAGCAUUGUACUUCACGCCCCUAGCCAUGUCAAUUCUCGCGCCCACUUCCUCGUCGAGUACCAAACCGCCGUCGGCCACUUGGCCGACGUGUUCCACGUCGACCUAAAGAAGAACACUGUCUCCAAAGCCUACACCCUGCCAGGGCUCAAGACAAAAGGUACCUUUUCCACGAGCACUUCGGACGCAAACGUAUACUUUACAAGGAUUACAGAAGAGGAAAUGGCGGUCUUUUCAUCCGUCUCAAACGAUGUCUUGGGCCGCUGGAGCGUCAAGAGCUCGUCCGCACUUGCCGGUGCCUACCCUGUUCAUGCGCAAUCCGAGGUUGUUGUACGAGAUGCCACGGCAAGCGCUAUCAGAUCAUCGGUCCUUUAUUCUAACGGGCAGUGGGCUCUUCUCCGAAAUGACGACUUGGCUUGGACAAGGCCAGAGUUUCUCGCACGGACUGUAUCGGCAGUAUGGGCUGACCUUCCUGAAAAAGAGACCCUAGCGCAAGCACUUGCAGACGAAAGUCAUCGCAACCUUGUCUCGGCUUACAUGCACCGUGUGCAAAGACACAUUCAAGACUUGAAGCAUUUUCCAGCUUGGGUGCAGGGACUACCCCAGCGACUCCUUGGUAGUGUCAUUGGGCAGACAAAAGAGACGACAAUCGGCGAAAUUCAACAAGACACGUUUGGGUUCCACAAGCUGGUUAUCGUGGCCACUGAUACAGGACGUCUUGCUGCACUUGAUGUUGGCUCGCGAGGCAAGAUUAUGUGGAAUGUUGAUCUUGGCAAACUCGCACCCAUUAACGACUUUCAACAUCCUCGCCUCAAGGCCCAUAGCGGCUAUGUCCAGGUCAAGGAUGUUGUGUCCGAGAGGUCAUUGAUCAUCAAUUCUACUACAGGUAGCCUGGUUUCACCCGCCAGCGUCAAACUUGAAACUCCGUUAGUCUCUGAGGGGCAAACCCUUGUGGCAUUCACGUUCGUAGAUGGAACACUCAGAGGCUAUCUACAGAAUCAGCUCAGUGCGGAACCAGUGUGGAGCUUCCGUCCUGCCGCCGGGGAGCGUAUCGUCAACUAUGUUGCUCGACCUGUCAAAGAUCCUGUUGCCUCUAUCGGUAAGGUGCUCGGCGACCGAAGGGUGCUGUACAAGUACCUUAACCCCAACCUAGUUUUGGUCACGACAGUUGUCGACUCGACACAAUCUGCAUCCGUUUACCUACUCGACUCUGCCUCGGGACAAUUGUUGCAUACCGUUACGCAUAAUGGUGUCGACACUUCUCGGCCCAUUCCGGCCACUAUUUCGGAGAAUUGGUUCACAUAUGCGCUGACUAUUGACGCGGCUUCGGAUUCGGCUUCACGUGGUCACCAGCUUGUAGUCUCUGACCUUUACGAGUCCCCGCUUCCUGAUGACAGAGGUCCACUUGGCGCUUCCUCCAACUCGUCGACAGUAAAGCCCUUGGAUGCAGCCGGCGAUGCUGUGCGACCUUAUGUCAUAUCCCAAAGCUACCAAGUGCCAGCAGAAAUCUCGCACAUGGCCGUGACCCAAACCAAGCAGGGAAUCACGAGCCGCGAGCUCCUCACCACUGUCCCCUCGAUCAACUCCAUCAUUGGCAUUCCCCGCUCUGUCAUCGAUCCCCGCCGACCCAUUGGCCGAGACCCUACCGCACAAGAGCAAUCCGAGGGUUUAGUCAAGUACGCGCCUCUUAUCAACUUUGACCCCAAGUGGCACCUUACCCACAAGUACGAGGUCAUUGGUAUCAAGGAGAUUAUCACGAGUGAAAGCGGACUUGAAAGUACCAGUUUGGUGUUUGCAUAUGGCCACGACAUUUUCGGAACGAGGGUUGCACCUAGUUUUGCAUUUGAUGUUCUCGGCAAAGGAUUCAACAAGAUUUCCAUGCUGUUGACUGUUGUGGGAUUGUUUGUUGGUGUCUUGUUCGUUGCACCUUUGGUGAGGAGAAAGCAGAUUAACACUCUGUGGACGAUAUGA